CCUGUAGUAUAUAAGUAUAAUCAUUAUAAAGUACACAUAGGGAACUAACCAUUGGAAAUGUUCAUUACAGCACAGAGCAUUAGUUAUUGACUCCAGACCUUUGAUGACCUAAACCACAACAUGAUCUAUUUAUAUUUAUAGAGACUUUGGUAAAUGGGUUGUAAUACUGUGGAUGAGAUUAAUUAAAGCUAUCAUGCAAUGUAUCGUUAUAUUCAAAUAUCGCUCGUGUAUACUAGCAUCUCCUCCUGUACCAAACGUUGAGAGAAAUGAAGCUACUCUCAAUCAAACUAAUACAAUACAGCAGGAGCCUCAUGAUGGCCAGCCAGCUGCUUAUUUAGGUCAGAGGACAGGGAAAGUCAUUCGCUCAAUACACUCAGAUCCCCGUAUCCCAUACUCAGAAUUGCAAGUGGUUGAGACUCAGACUGGUACCAGGAAUAGGAAUAGAGAUUCGGAAUUGAGUACUAAGCAGCUUGUUGCCGAAGGACUGCACAUUUCACGUCCUCUCGUACACUUGUUUUCAAUGGUAUUGUUUCAGGAGUCGUCAUGGAAGCCCUGGCUUGUAUCUCUUGCAAUGGACGUCAUCAGGUAUGGCAUUUAUUUAUUCAUUUAUUUGUUUAUUUAUUUAUGGUAGUUUUCAUCUUCAUGGUGGGUUAAUUCACUUUAAAACUU